AUGAAACCUGCAGAGGAUGAGAUGUUUCCAGAGGGUGCUGGGCCUUAUGUGGAUCUAGACGAGGCAGUGAUGAACAUCACAUUCAGAACCCUGGAUUGUGAGGAUAAGGCAGGAGGCAGCAGUGGUCCACUCACGGGCCUCGCAGCAAAUGGAAAAGUGGUGCACUCGGGUUUCUUCAACGGCGAGACGCAGAUCACCUGGCUGCUGCAAAUUUCCAGCACCCGCUCGACGACCAUGACCUCCGGCGACCACGGCAUCCCAGCAUCCUGCGUGCAGUUCUUGUCCGCGGUUCCGGUUGCGCAGAAGUCCAAAGGAGAUGGGGAGAGCAUUCAGGAGAGAGCAACCCGGGCGGCCGCACAGAGGAGGCUGAUCCGAAACCGAAGGAACAUCAGCUGGUACAAGCAGCACUCCGACUUCUGGGGCUGGUACAAGUACUUCACUGAUAACGGCAACCAGGAGGCGGUUCAGGAGAUGGACCGCAUCUACCUGGCCUACCUUCAGAAUAAGAACCGGGCUGAGGGGCGUCGCUCUUACAAGGCCUACUUGCAGCACCUGGGGGAGAUCUACAAGUCCUGCUCUGACACGGAUGAUGCCACCAAAUGCGUUUCCUCUUACACUAGCAGGGCCAAACCAGAGGCCCCCAAACCUGCGCCGGUCAAGACCUGUGACCCCACCAAAGACCCUUACUGUCUGUACGCUGCUCUGGUCCAAGGCAAAAGCCCCUACCUGCCCCUAGUGUUGCCCGUUGCUGCUUCCGCCCCUCCACAUCUACCAGCCAAAGCCCCGGCGCCCCUCUAUGUGCGCUCACCUGCUCCAGCGAAAGACCCCCAGUCUGGGUAUUACUACUACUCGCCUGUUAUGCAGUCUUUCCUUUCCAAGGAGCAGAAGGCGGAGCUGCUGCGUAUUUGUGCAGCCGAGGACUCGGAGUGUCUCCAGUAUCACCUGAGAGCCGCUUAUGGCUACAAGCCCGCCGCCGGACCACUGCCCUCCUAUGCCCACCUCGGCUGUGACCCCAAAGACCCCAGUUGCAAGCUGAAGCUGGUGCAGAAAGCCCCCUCUGGUCUAUACAUGCAGUACCCCAACUGUGAUCCCCUCAGAGACCCGCGCUGUGCCUAUGCAGCCUCUCUAGUGGCGGCUCGUGCCCCUAACCCCCCUGCUGCUGGCCCUGGAUCCUGCAACCCUCUUUUCGAGGACAACUGCAAUCCCCUCCUUGCCACUAGGUUUGCGACACCUCCAGAGGAGUACAAGAAUGGCCAUAAUGAGGAGGCUGCUGCGAUCCGCGCCGCCCCCCCUGCCGCUGAGCAGCGCCAAGAUCCUUACGCCAUGUUCAGAGAUGCUUACGCUAACGCUAACAGAGCAAGAGAUUCUUAUGCUAUGUACCGCCAGCCCAACUUUGAAGAGCCUGCCCAGGAAGAGCGCAACCCUUUGGGCCCUCCAGGAAAGACCAAAGAAGGCUAUGACUGCUUCAUCGGCUAUGACCGGGACUGUUACCCAGUGAAGCCCAACGAGCCACGCUCUGGAGCCCACCGCCACACCGCCUACCCUGCCGAGGCUUACGAGCCCCAUGUCAAUGCUGAUGGCACAAGGAGGGGUGUCCUAGAGCCCACCAACCCCGACUGCGACCCAGAGUAUGACUCAGACUGUCGCUUGCGUCGCCCUGAGCCCGAGGCACAUGCUGAGGAACAGCCCGAAAACCAUGCAGAAGAGAUGCACAUCCAGGGAGCAGUGGAGCGCGAGCAGCAGCACCAGGAACAGUACGAGGCGGACCCCUACCAAAGCGGCCAGGAAGAGCCCUAUAUGGGCUACCCCUCGCUGUCACAGGGCAUGCCCAGCUUCCAGGACCUACUGAGGGGCUAUGGAGAUCAGUUCCCCGAUCAGGGUGAUCCCAGGGCCUAUGCAGACGACUACCGCAAAAAAUAA